AUGGGGACCUAUCAAGUGACAGCAAUGGAGGGCCAAGAAGGGGACCGAUGGGAAGGUUUGUGCAGGUGGGAUCAACAGGAUGGGCCAACCCAUGGGAAAAGGCAGAAAGAAGGAAAAAGUGACUUUGAGGGUUUGAACUUGGGUGCCCAGGAGGAUGGUGGCAUCAUAAACAAAAAGAGAAAAUAUGGAGAAAAAGCAAGCGACUUUGACGGGAAAGACAAUGAGUUCCAUUGUCCAGAUUUUCAGUCGGACAAGCUGUUGGAACUUGCAGAUGAAAAUCAAAGCCCAGCAGUCGAUUGGAGAUGCAGCAGCUGCCUCUUCCACAUCCCCUGGCUGUCCUCUGGCACGUUGGACUCUGAGGGUAUGGCCCCCAAGGUCCAGUGCCCCUCAGCUCCUCCGGUCCAGAGCGUUCCGUCCCUGCAGCCCAUCUCCAGCCCCCCAAUCACUCCUGUGCCUGUCUUUGUAAUGUGCAGUGAGCACCUGAGGAUCUGCCCACAGGGCUACACCUGCUGCACCAGUGAGAUGGAGGAGAACUUUGCCAACCGGAGUCGCAGCGAGUUGGAGGGGGCCCUCCGGGAGACCAGCCGUUCCAUGCAGGUGAUGCUCAGCACUCAGCUCGUAACUUUGAUGGGGUCAGGCUGUUUAAAGGGAGUCUCAGGCCUGGGCACUUGGAGAAGACCAGCUGAUACAAGGCCUCCAUUUGCAAAGACUGUAGGAGUGAGCCCCAGCAGGCUGGAGUUCAGUGGGACUGGUCAUUUCCAGGACUUGCUGAACAGGUCGGAGCGGGCGCUCCAGGACACAUUCCCCGGCGCCCACGGGGACUUGUACAGCCAGAACUCGCGGCUCUUCAGGGACCUGUACUCAGAGCUCCGCCGCUAUUACCGGGGGUCCAACAUCAAUCUGGAAGAGGCGCUGGCCGAAUUCUGGGCGCGCCUGCUGGAGCGGCUCUUCAAGCAGCUGCACCCCCAGUAUGUGCUGCCAGACGAGUACCUGGACUGCAUGGGCAAGCAGGCGGAAGCCUACAAGCCCUUCGGUGAGGCGCCCAGGGAGCUCAAGCUCCGGGCCACCAGGGCCUUCGUAGCAGUGCGCUCCUUCGUGCAGGGCCUGGGCGUGGCCAUUGACGUGGUGAGGAAGGUGUCCCAGGUCCCCCUGGGCCAGGAGUGCUCUCGGGCCAUCAUGAAGUUGCUCUACUGCUCCCACUGCCUGGGCGUCCAGAGCCCCCAGCCAUGUUCUGGCUAUUGCCGGAACGUGAUGAAGGGCUGCCUGGCCAACCAGGCUGACCUGGACACCGAAUGGAGGAACCUGCUGGACUCCAUGCUGCUUGUGGCUGACAAGUUCGAUGGCCAGACGAGCGUGGAGAGUACAAUGGGGACAAUCCACGUUCGGAUCUCAGAGGCCAUCACCGCCCUCCAGGACAACAAGGACACACUCACAGCCAAGGUUUUUCAAGGCUGUGGAAAUCCCAGAGUGAGCGGCAAGGCCCCCGGCGGAGAAGAAAAGAGACGGCGAGGGAAGCCUGUCGCAGAGGAGAAGCCCUCGGGGGUUGGGCUGGAGAAACUGGUCUCAGAAGCCAAAACCCAGCUCCGGGAUGUCCGAGACUUCUGGGUCAGUCUCCCUGGAGUCCUGUGCACGGAGAAGGUGGCCAUGAGCUCAGCCUUGGACGAGCGCUGCUGGAAUGGAAUGACCAAAGGGCGGUACCUCCCUGAGGUGAUGGGUGACGGCCUCGCCAGUCAGAUCAACAAUCCCGAGGUGGAGGUAGACAUCACCAAGCCCGACAUGACCAUCCGGCAACAGAUUAUGCAGCUCAAGAUCAUGACCAAUCGCUUGCGCAAUGCCUACAAUGGCAAUGACAUCGACUUCCAGGACACCAGCGAUGACAUCAGUGGCUCAGGGAGCGGCGAUGGCUGUCUGGAUGAGGUCUGUGGGAAAAGACUGAGCAAAAGUCAGAGCACGAGGCAGCCAGAGACCCACGCCAUCCCCAAGCAGUCAGAGCAUGAUGGGAGUGGUGCCCCAGGUUGCACCCAGCCUUCCUCCCUCCUCCUCCUCCUCCUCACCCUAGCCCUUGCUGCAGCAUGGUCCCUAGGGCGAUAACCACCCUGCCAGCAAAAGGGACUACGGCCGAGGCCGGCCUUUGCCAAAACGGACAGACGAUAUUUGAUUCAUCUUGGCAGACGGCAAAAACGCACUUGAGCUCAAGGGGAAGGUCGGUGACUGAGAGUGACCAUGGCCCCGGACCCAGGCAGGAGCCUUCAGCCGCUCUGACUCGAGGGCCAGUGGCCACACCUGGUUGUUUGUUUGUUUGUUUUGGUUUUUCUGUUUUUUAAUUUCAUUCUUUUCCGGGGGGGCUUCACGAGGCUCUCUGGUUGACGGGAAGAUGACGCUUCCCCCAAAGGAUCUGUCGUUGGAACACGGGCGAGCAGCAGCGGUGAUGCUGUGUAACACAUAAUAGCCCGAAUGUCCAGCAGUAGAGGGAGGCCAAUCAUGGGAGAGAUGACUAGAAGGCUGAGUUUGAAAGGUCACUGCCCCUUGAGAAAGACAAGCGCCUGUGCCUUCCCUCCCUCCAGCGUCCCUGCAAGCAGCCUCUCCUCAAGUGGGGAACCAGUUCACAAGCUUAUCCUGAGUCCGGGCCUCGAUGCAAAAUCCUGCCUUCAAGAUCUCAAGGAAAUAAGUCUUUCUCCUUAGUUUUUAAAGCAGUUGAUGGCUCCCUGCCCUUGAGGUGCCCAGGAGUGGGAAUUUUAUGUUUUGCAUGAGAUUCCAAAAUUUACCCAAGAUCUCAACCAACGCUAAUCCACAACUACACUUCCAUGGCUUACGACACGGAACAAAAACAUGAGGCUGCUGAGUAAUCAGAACCCCUCAUUUUGGGGUUUUUUAAACUGGAACCAGUGCCCUUUUCUCAAUGAAUCUGACUGUCAAAGGCUUUAUUUACACAUCAUGGUUCUUUGUGAUAUUGUGAUCCAAUCCAGUGGGUCCAGGGGGAGCUAGAGAAAAUGUCACCAUUACUGUAUUUGGGGGCUAUUCUUUUUUCAUUGCCUGACCCAGAAGAGAGCAGCAUCUCUGCCUGGCUUCCUGGGAGCGCUAGCUGCCCCAUCCUCCAUUUCAUAGCUGGGAUCACAUGGGGCAGAAGCCUUUCCUCAGGUCCCACACUGGGUCAGCUGCUCUUAACCACCCCGAGAAGACAGCUGGCCUUCUAGGCCACACCAAAGCAUCCUCUUCAAGUUAUCAUUUUGGUUUUACUUUGUCCUGUUGUUCUGAUACUCCAUAAAACUUCUUACUUGUCAGGUGGGAACUCGGAUUUUGAGUUUUCCUUUUAUUAUUUUUGUUUAAACAUAUGUAGAGAGAAAGAUAUCUAUUUACCAUCGGCAGAACCUUGUCCUUCAUAGGGCUCCAGGGUGGUCAUGGGAAUCCAUGGGUCAGCAAGUCCUAUCCUGCAAGUGUGACACAGAGCCCCACAAGACCUAUCCAGUGAAAUCAUGAUGGAAUUGUAUUAUGUUACUCAUUGGUCUGAUAUUGUGAAGAUUUUUUCCUUUUUCUUUUUUUUCCUCUGUGGAGAGGUUGGGGCAGGAAGGUAGAACCAAAAUGCUAGCUAUUACAGUUAAGGGUUUUUUAUAGGCUUGCAUAAACUUUUCAAUACUCCAAGUCCCAUUUCCAUCGUUAAGAACAUUUUCUUGGAAUUAUUUUUCAAGGAACUUUCCUUUCAAGGAAGACAUAAUAGAGAGAGAGUGAAAGAGCUGACCUGGGAGUCAGAAAAAUGGGGAUUCAAGUCCUGCCUAUGAAUUCCUCAGCCAAUCAUCAAUAAAUAAGCAUUUCUUAAGCGCCUAUUCUGGGCCAGGCACUGUGCUAAAUACUGGCAUUUUUCUAAACUUCGUGGCCUUGGGUAGUAACCACAACAUGCCUGGGCAGUUCUAGAAACUGAGAAUUAAGAGAUCAGCGGAUGCAUUCCCUACACUAAUGAAAUCACAGGCCCAGCCCGUUCAUUUUCCCCCAGCCUCUCCUGAAUAAUCAAGCCUCACAAAGUCUGAUGAGUUUAAUGGCCAUUCUGAGUCAGGGCCCCUGUAGACCAGGAACUUUUGAGAAGUCUCAGUGUUACCAAGCAACGUUACAAGCAUCCAUUGCUGCAGAGGAGAGGACUCCUCACGGAGUCCUUCUUCAAGCACAAGCAGAACGCUGCCCAUCGGAUCCCUAAUGCUGCAUUCUCAUUGGUGCUAUCUGUCAUCCUUCCCCAUUCACAAGGCUCUAGGCCCUCAAGUGAUUGUGUUUUCCCAUUCAGGCCCCAGAAGGCAGCCAUUCUUCCCAAGGACUGUGUUUACAACCCACCACCAUUUUGGUGCAGUGUUAUCCUGGCCUUUUCAUUCCUUUAAAAAAAGGACCUUGCCCUGAGAGGGCAUCAGGACCCAGAUGCCUAAGGCAGAAUGGUCCCUUCCACCUACCUUGGGAUAGCAUUUAUCUUUCCCACUACUCUGGGGAAAAUAAACCUGAUUGCCUACUCAAGGGUUUUUAAAUGGGACCCACUGUUACUGAUAAGCGGGGAAGUGGCUAUAAACUCACAAACUUUGAGAACUGGGAGACUUCCAGCCCAUCCAGGACAAGAACCUUCAGACGUUCUCCUAGAGGGUCACAUGAUCAAUCUUCAUUUAGUGACCAUUAGUUAUUGGUAUGAAUAUGCUAGCUAACAGGACAGCUAGUCGUUAGAGCACUAGAAACUCAAUGGCUUAGAAAACAGAUUUACAGCUGGAAGGGACCUCAUCUAGACCUGUCCUUUCAUUUGAAAGUUGAGUAAAACUGAGGCCCAGGGAGAUAAAGUGAUUAAGGUCACACGGGUGGCACAUGACGGAGACUGGAUUUUUAGCUAAAAAAAUAUUUUUGCUCAAAGGCUCAGGUUGGCCUUACCUGGCCUGUGGUCACAUGUUGAAGAGCUGGGCCCUGAUCCCCUCAUUGGACUGAGGGGAAAACAAAGUCCCAGAGAGGGGAAGGGAUUUCUUUGUGAUCACACCUGUCACCUCUCACAACACAGACUGACCUUGCUGGUCUCAGGACUCACGUCCACCAGGUCAAGGCUUACCCAAUACUGACAGUCAGCAGGUUGGGGACAUCUCAAGUCCCCAGACCUUCAGUCCAGGGCAAUCCUCUCGGCCUCCACUCUACUUCACAGGGAACAAGUUAAAAUCCCUAAAGUGCUGCCUAUCAUUGCCUUUCCCACAAUUCCAUUUCAUGACACUGUCUUGCUAAAAAAUUAAAAUAGCAUCACUCAAACACUUGGGGAGGUCAGAGAGUCACAGAACAGGGAGAUAUCUCGAUAGUCAUCCAGACCAGCAUCCCAGACCAACGGUCUCCGUAUGCAGACUCUCCAUCACCUCUGGGAGAGUCACUCCCCUCCCAGAAGAUUCCCUUCCUCCUAUUUGGAACCUAUGAUAUGCUAUGGUUCUAGGACCUCAGAAAAUCUCAUUACCCAACCGGAGCUGGUUUUGGUCAUGCAAAAGCCAGGGCCCCAUAUAUGAAUGAACAGACUGCCUUCAGGCCGGUCUCUCCCAAAGCAAGAUAUGAGAUUACUGCUUGGUUAGGUUACAGCUCGCACUGAGAAGGUAAACCACAGGCCCCAACAAAGUGUGUCUCAUGAUUCUGGCCUUUGUUAGGUUAGGCUCAGGAGAUGGGAAGGAGUUCAGAGGCCAUCUAGUCCAAUGUCACUUUACAGAUGAGGAAACUGAGUCUUAGGCCUCACCCAAAGUCACAUGGAGAGUAAGCAUCAGAGAGGGGGAUUUCAACCCAGGUCUUCUGACUCCAGAGUCAGCAUCCAGUCAAUAGAUCCACUUUUUGUGCUCAGCCGUUAAAAUCAUUCAUCAAGCAUUCAUUAGGCACUUACUGUAUGCCGGGUAAUGACAACAGGUGUUUUGCUGUAUUCCUUUUCCCAUGCAAGCAGCCUAGCCCAAGACAGUCCCCCAUGAGGGGACACCACAGAAGAGGUAGAAAUGCAAUAUCUAUCCUUCCACAGUCCACAACAUAAUUUGGGAAAAAUAUAUCCAAGCAGUGGUAUGUCCCAAAAGUCUUACCAAUUCUAAACUUUAAUAAUCAUUACAGCUUAAAACUGAACUAAAACUUUUGGGACACUAUCUGUUUCCACCAAGUGGGUUGAGUUGCACAUGGCCACAGGCCUUUGGGAUCAGACAAAAAACAUAAAACUUUUGCCCUUAAGUUAAAGUGCUGUUACCACCUUAGCAAAGGAGACCACCGGAGAGAGAAGUUCAUUGUGAUUUAAAAUAAAUUAAAUUUAAACUUCCAUCCCCCAAAAUGGAAAGUCAGGUGCCACUGAGUUCAUUCUGACCACUGCUCAAAGCCACAAUUUCUAUGUGUCACAUUUGGGAUGAAGGGGUGGGGAGGGGUCAGAAGAGGAUUUGAGGGCACAGUUGCUUACCAUUUACAAGUCACAUAACAAACCUUUUGUUUUCUGGUGGGCUUACUAAGGGAUAAGGACAGUUCAAUAAAAAUGUGUUAAAAGCCUCCAAAUUAUUCCUUUGCUUUUGAAAAAGAAUGCAUCUCUCUCUCUCUGCAAAAUGAAGAUUUACUUCACUCACUGGCAAGGCUGGCCGAUUAGUUAUAGAUUUCUUUCUGUUGCCACGGUACCUGUAACUAUCUCGCACUGUUUGUUGGAAGGUGGAAUAUGUUCUUUGAAUCCUUGUAUAAAUAAAAAGGCUGGAGACUUACUGGACGCCGGUGCCACAACCUCUCA